GUUGUUAUGAAGACAGAUCCUGUAAAUACAGACUCCGUGUCUCGGGCUUAGUGGUAUUGGCCAGGAGGUCUGUUUCCCUAAUGCGACCAGGACUAGGAUCUCUCUGAUCUCUUGACAUUUGGAUAUCUGGGUCACCAUGUCCCUGGAGUGAAAGAAGCCAAAUCUUACAGUCUGUCCUUACGCUGGGAGUACAGUUUCCAGGAUGAAAGAUUUGGUAGCGAUGGAUAACACCAGUAACGAGGCCUUCAAGCUCCUGAAGCAACUGAACAUUCAUCUGGAACAGGAAUGUAAAUACCAGCCUAGGGAGAAGGGCUUGAUCCUCAUAGAGUCCACAACUGAGAAUGAUAACACCAUCUGUCCAAAGUCAAGAAAUGCAAAGGUUGAGGAUGUGUGGAGUCUCACCAACUUUUUCGCUUUGAGUAUGGAAACCUUUGUACUCGCUGUGAACAUCUUGGACCGAUUCCUGGCAGUAAUGAAGGUGAAGCCAAAGCAUCUGUCCUGCAUUGGCGUUUGCUGCUUCCAAUUGGCAGCUCAUGUCGUGGAGGAAGAGUGCAAUAUCCCAUCCAUCCAUGAUGUUAUCCGCAUCAGCCAAUGUAAAUGCACUGUUUCUGACCUGAAACGAAUGGAGAAGAUCAUCUCUGAGAAAUUGCACUUUGAAUUCAAAGCUACCACUGCCUUAACCUUUUUGCACUUGUAUCACACAAUUCUCCUUUGCCAUUCCUCUGAGAGGAACGAGGUAUUGAAUCUUGACAAACUGGAAGCUCAGCUGAAAGCUUGCAACUGCCGACUUGUGUUCUCUAAAGCAAAACCCUCAGUAUUAGCACUGUGCCUUCUAACACUUGAAGUAGAAACCUUAAAGUCCCUGGAACUGUUUGAAAUUGCUCUGCGUGUGCAAAAGCAUUUAAAGGUUAACGAUUCUGAUAUGCUGUACUGGAGAGAGUUGGUGUCAAAAUGCCUGGCUGAUUAUUCUUCACCUGAAUGCUGCAAACCUGAUCACAAGAAACUUGUCUGGAUUGUAUCCAGACGCACUGCACAAAACCUCCAUAACAGUUACUAUAGUGUUCCCGAAUUGCCAACCAUACCAGAGUGUGGCUACCUAGAUGAGAGUGAGAGUGAGGAUUCCUGUGAAGAUAUGAGUAGUGGAGAAGACUGUCUGAGCUGCUCUCCACCCAGUGACCUAGAGGCCUCUUUCUUCUUUGAUGAAUACAAGCCAAAACUAAAACGCCGGUCACGUCACCUUAACCCUUUGUAACAAAGGAGGAAUCUAAAGAUUCAAUUGUUGCAUGCAUGGUAGUCCGAUCUUACUAUAUGGAAGAACAAAAGAUGCUUGCUCCUUACACAUGAGAUUUGUAUUUUUCACAUUUUUUAAUUUCCUCCCUUGUUUUUGAGAUUGUUCCUUUUAAUCCCAAGAAAGCAGAAUACGUUUGCAAUGACCAUUUGCACAUGUGUUUUGCAUUGGUUUUUCCUAAUUUUAAGCCAGUAGAAAAUGUAGCUCGGGAAUAGUAAAAUGUUACAUUUCUGCUAAUGUCGUUAAACUUUAGGCACAAUACUGGACACAUGAUAUGGAAUUAGAAUCACAUAUGCGUUAUACAAAGGUUGCAUCUUUUUUUUAGCUGCCUCCUGUUUAUCACAUAGAGGCUACUCCUAAUCUACAGUACUGUUUAUCUGUUUGUGUUAACUGUUUUACAUUCCUUUAGCAAAUUAACGUUUGAAUUUUAUGUUUAACAAAAAAAAAUAUAUAUAUAUAUCUUUGUUUUUAUUUGCAUGGCUUCUCCCGUUCAACAGCCUUGAUGGUGUAAGUGCCAAGUCAAAAGAUACAAUGAAAUUGUAGUCUGGCAAGCUAAUGUUUGGUGCUGAGGAAACUUUAGAAGGGCAAUAAAACUAGUAUUGCAUGAUAGCAAAGUGCUAAAUAUCAGAUGGAGCGGGAGAUGUUCCAGUUAAGCUCUGUCUUUAUCUGAAUAUUUAUCCAAUACUGAAGCACAACGGCGCAUUCAACUUAUUUGCCAAGCUGUGCGUUUGAAUAUGCUGGUUUUGUACUAUUGUGAAGAGAGAUGAAUGGGUUUUUCCCCCCAAAAAUCUGAAGAAGUCUUCAGAAAAGUUAGCUGUUCAGCGCAUGAUAAAAAAAUCUUUUAUUAGUCUACUGGGUUUUUCUUCCAUCUUCACCUUCUUUAUUUCAACUAGUGGACGUCUUGGCUCUGGCAAGGAGUAUGAAGUCUGCCUCGCAUCCUCUAAAGUGUUCGAUGGGCUUAAUGAGCCCCAAUGAUUAAAUGGCAUUGUUAUUGUUGGUUGGAAAAUGUGAACGGUGAAAAAUGCUUUAAGUUUUAAGUGUUGGCACCCAAAGUGAAUCUGAAUCAUGGUGAGUGUGAUGGUAGAGAUGUGAAUGGUGCUGUAUUGUUUGUACAUUAUUUUUUGUUGUGUAAAAUGAAGAAAAAAAAAAUUGUACAGAAAAAAAAUUGUAAAUUUUGAAAAUGUACAGAAAAAUGUAAAAACCAAAAAUGGAGAUAAAAAAAUGUAUUUUUUUACAUGUAUGUAGUGUUUUUGUUAAAUGGCAUGUAGAUAUUAAUUUAUUCCAUAUCACUUUAUUGUAUAUUGGGCUGUUUUUGUGUUUUUCGGUUUUUUUUUUCUACAAGUCUUAACCAAUAAAAAAAAAAAAAUACUUUUUUCAAA